AGAGCAGCUGCCGCAGCCCCUUCCCGCUGCCCUUGCCCUCCUCCCGCCGCCGCCAUCCCACCCGCCCACCCCGGCUCUCUCCUCCUCCUCCCCUCCCCCUGUCCCGCUCCCUCCGCCCGCCCCGGAGACCCACGCACCACCCGCCCUCCCUCCUCCCGCUCCCCCGUCCCAUCCCCUCCCCCUCCCGCCCGAGCGAGUCAGUAAGCGAGAGAGCGAGCGGACGUGCGAGGCCUGGCCUGGCCAGCCAUCCCGCCAGUGCGGUUUUUUUUUCUCCCAGCGACCAAAGAUUUGACCACUGACUAAGCCUGACCUAACUGAACACAACUCAAGAUGGACACCGGCGUAAUUGAAGGAGGUUUAAAUGUUACACUUACUAUUCGCCUACUUAUGCAUGGGAAGGAGGUUGGAAGCAUCAUUGGGAAGAAAGGAGAGUCUGUAAAGAAGAUGCGUGAAGAGAGUGGUGCACGGAUUAACAUCUCAGAAGGGAACUGCCCAGAACGGAUUAUCACUCUUGCUGGACCCACUAAUGCCAUCUUCAAAGCUUUUGCUAUGAUUAUUGAUAAACUGGAAGAGGACAUCAGCAGCUCAAUGACUAAUAGUACAGCUUCUAGCAGGCCCCCUGUUACUUUGAGACUCGUGGUACCUGCCAGCCAAUGUGGUUCUCUUAUUGGGAAAGGAGGAUGCAAAAUCAAAGAGAUAAGAGAGAGCACAGGGGCGCAGGUCCAAGUGGCAGGAGACAUGUUACCCAACUCUACCGAAAGAGCAAUCACCAUUGCUGGGAUUCCACAAUCCAUCAUUGAGUGUGUCAAACAGAUCUGUGUGGUCAUGCUGGAGUCUCCCCCAAAGGGUGUCACCAUCCCCUAUCGACCCAAGCCAUCCAGUUCUCCUGUCAUCUUUGCAGGCGGUCAGGACAGGUACAGCAGCGGCAGUGCAAGCUACCCCCACACCGCCCCAUCAAUGUGCCUCAACUCUGACCUGGAGGGACCACCUCAAGAGGCCUAUACCAUUCAAGGACAGUAUGCCAUUCCACAGCCAGAUCUGACCAAGCUGCAUCAGUUGGCAAUGCAACAGUCACACUUUCCAAUGUCUCAUGGCAACACUGGAUUCAGUGGCGUUGAAUCCAGCUCUCCAGAUGUGAAAGGCUAUUGGGCAGGUUUGGAUGCAUCAGCUCAGACUACUUCUCAUGAACUCACCAUUCCAAAUGAUCUGAUUGGCUGUAUCAUUGGGCGUCAAGGCGCCAAGAUCAAUGAGAUUCGCCAGAUGUCUGGGGCGCAGAUCAAAAUUGCCAAUCCAGUGGAAGGAUCUACUGACAGGCAGGUUACUAUAACUGGAUCUGCAGCCAGCAUCAGCCUGGCUCAAUAUCUAAUUAAUGUCAGUUUAGAAAGCGCUAAACCCUCCUCCCAGGCAGCCUCCGUCACGAUCCCCGACCACCUCAGCAUCAACCUCUCUCAACCCUCCACCCCUUCUUCUUCUUCCUCCUCCACCACCACCCCCUCGCUUGCGACAGCAGGGGUCUCCGACGCACCCUCCAGCCUCCCCAACCCUCUUCCGACCGCCCCCUGUGUCUCCAGUCUGCUUGGCAUGAAACCCGUCCCUCUCCUGGCUCUAAAUGUUGUGUCUGCUGCUAAGGGUGCCUCCACCACCUCAGCUGUGCCAUGUGUUACUAACAAACUGAAAACGGAAAAACAGAGAUUCUCUCCCUACUGAGAGUCUGCUUGUGGCCUUAGAGGAACAGCAGAUUGUUUUUCAGCAAUGGGGAAUCCUGUAGAGGAGACUUGGAAGAGAUUUUUUUUUUAAACUUCAAAAACAGAAAUGAGCUUGUGAUUCUUUAGAAUGGAGUUUCUUUUUGCUGCCGAUCUCCACUAGGUCAAAGACAAUUGAGCAAGUGUAUUAAUCAGUUUUGGAGUCCAGUAGUAAUCUUGAUUAUAUAGCUUGUAGCUGUUGCUUUAGUAGAUUUUGUUUGCAUUGUUACAUGAAAUAAGGUGGGUGGGCAAGGGUUGGCGGGGUAUGGGAUUCUAGCAUUUGUUAAUAAAACUAUUCAUUUUGUGAUACCUUGGUUUAAGCUGUUGCAAAGAGGCUACUUUGGUCAAACCUGUCUCAAUGUCUGUCUUGUAAUAAAGCUAUCACAGUGAGAAUGUGCACAGAUGUGCCUGAAUUGGAUCCAGACUAUGUAACUGCAAACUGCUGGUGGAUAUCGCAUUGCACACCCAGGCUAAAAGUCUUUAAAUAGAUGUCAAUUAUUGUCCUAGAAUAGUUUUCCUCAGCCUGAUAGCCCUGCCACCCCCAGUGUUUGGGACCAAAAUUUCAGUCAUCUCUGCCUCCUGCUGUAUUGCCUUGGGGUUGAUGGAAAAGUUAACAGAAAAUAUAUCUCAUAUUAGAGAAGGCUUUCCUGGAGUGUAAUGAAAUGUUUAAUCUCUAUGCUUAGGAAGCUGUAACCAUUCAGUAUACAAUUGUGAAGUUGCCAACUGAAGGCAGGGAGUAGGCCUUGUACACUGUUUCCAUUCAGGCUAUGGUUUGUCCAUGAGAAUUCCUAGCUAGCAUGUUUAUACAUUCACCUGUUUGGUAGAAAUAUGGCACAUUUCUUUGCUCAUACAGUAUGUCCUAUACUUUUGUAGACAUUGCUGUGGAUCUCUGAAAAACGCACGUGCCUCAGAUACCUGGCUUUCUCUACAUCCAGGACUAUGUUAUCACUAAGGAGAUAAGAGAAUUGGAUCAACAAGCACAGUGUAUAAACAGCUUUAAUAGUACUUCAAGUCCAGCCUUCCUUUGCCACAUGUUCUAAAAAUGAAAUAAAAGAGCUAAUUCUCAAGUUGAUAGAUGAGUAGCCCAGAGCUAUAGUUUAAAAAAUCUCAUUAUUGAUGAAAAUAUUAGCUUGUGUAUAGUGUCUUUUAAAAGAUGCUCCUUAGGCCAUGUAGUUUGUCUUGAAAGAAAAUCCUCUGUCAAAGCUAGCCAGUUGGCUUCUCUUGUCCCAGCAAACUUCUAGUUUUAAAGACCAGGUAAGUCGCUUGUUUCCACCAAUAAGGGCUUUUUGGAAACAGAAGUUGGACAAAUAGAAUAAUUUAAUAAAAAGCAGAGCUCCAGUGUUUUAUCAUGGUGCUCAUAUUAUUUUCCCAUCUGAAUCAGAAUCACUUGAUUUUUAGCCUGGGAUUGCCACAUGAACAUUGCAGUUAAAAAAAAAAAAAAGAAUGUUUAUUAAUUUUCAAAGUGUUGAGGUAAUACUGAAUAAGAAAAGGUAAUUGUUAAAAUCUAUAAGAAUUGUGUGCUUAUCUUUUGUAUUAAAAUUGGAACAAGUUUGAAAUGGCAAUUAGAUUAUGGGGCUACAUAAUUUUGGACUUUGCAUUCAGGGAUGUGGAGGGUCUAAUCUGAUCCUGUUACGAGGGAUGGGAUGGCCAUUAACUGGCUGACUUAUGCAGUUAUGUCAAAUCUUUUUUCCUUUAAUAGUAGGAGUCUUUUUUAGUAAUUGUUUCUGCAGUUUGACUUUCACAAUUGUAACUUUUUUAAAAAAAUCUGUUCUGCUGUAGUGUAAUCACAUCAAGUAAAAAUUGUCCACUCUUAACCAAG